AAAGUCAGUUAAAAUCCCCCUUUUUUGUUUCAUUUUCUUCCAUUAUUACCCCUCUCCCCUAACAAACCGGCCUCCAACUCAUUGUCAUUCUUGAAUAUCAAUCACCAUGGUUCAAUGCGACCUUUCAGUAUUUACAAUUGAAUGGGAUCAAUUGAGGGGAUUGAAUGCGAGCCUACGUAUCGACUGAGUGUUGAAUGCGAGCCUGCAUAUCGAUUGAGUGGGAUUGAAUGCAAGCCCGGAAUUGAAUCGUUUCAGGGUAAAUGAAGCAGGGUAAUUUCUUAACGGAGAGAAUUUGACCGUCUCAAGCAAUCAAGAAGCCAUAAAUUUCAUAAUUCCUUGGAAACCGUUGGAAGAUCUUAAAAUGGGUACGUAUCAUGUGCUACAUCCCAUCGUCUUCUCUGUUUUUCCCAAGCCGACGAAAACUACAGUAACCACCGGAACCAACUAUCAAAGUGGUCAUGUUUCCCAUUUGUUCGGCAUCCCGCAAAAGCAUGUAAAGGCCAUUACACAAUGCCCCCUUUAAUGUCGAUGUGGAAAAGUGAAUGUCUGCUUCAGCGAGGAUUUUGGUCAGGAAAGUGGUGGCGCCGACACGAUUUUAAUGCAGAUGGUCUGAGCAUUGGGCUGAUCUACAAAAAUAGAGAAAUCAUAUACGGUUUAGCUCUUCAUGAGGGUUCAUCAUAGGAAUUUGGCCUCAUUUGUGGGAUAUUCUCAUGAUAAUAACAGAAUGGCGCUUGUAUACGAGUACAUGGCUAAUGACAGAAAUAUCCACCCGUUGAAAUGGGAAAUGAGACUCAAAAUUGCGAUAGAUGCUGCACAAGGAUUGGAAUACUUACACCACGGUUGCAGACCGACUAUAAUUCAUAGAGAUGUAAAAUCAGCCAACAUCCUUCUUAGUGAAAAUUUGGAUGCUAAAAUGGCGGAUUUUGGUCUUUCAAAGGGUCUCCUUGAUGAUAAAACUACUCAUAUUUUGACGGACGUUAUUGGUACAUCCGGUUAUCUUGAUCAGAUGAGAAGAAGAUUCGGGUGGUUAUAUGCAUCAAUUCAGUUCACUUUUGUGGUAGUCUUCGCGCAUAUUUUCUACAAUGUGGCUCAUGUGCAGCCUGUUUUGUCGAUCCUGCUUGCAACAUUUGUAGGGUGUGGGGUUGCAGUGUGUGGUAGCUUGAUUGUUGUCGAGAUAAUAAGAUUAGAAAGACGACGGAAACAUGACAGUGACACUUCAGAUCAGCAAAUGACAUCCACGAAUCGUUUUAUAUCCGCAACCAAGACACACUAAAAUUGCAUCCUCGUCUUUUCAUGUUGUUCCUCCACUAAUAAUUGAAACUGGGAACAGAGAAGCUGACAGAGGUAGGUAAGUUUGGGAUCUUUCUUUCUUACAUAAGGAAAGAUGAUUAAUGUGAUGACCCUGUAGUUUUAAUUAAGACGAGAACGUAGUGCAAAAGUAUAGAUCAGUGAUUCAGUAUAUGAUGAACAAUAUUAAAAAGUUUAUUCUAAAUUCAAUUUAUUUAUGUA